AAAUUAACAAACCAUGCUUUCCAUUUGCUACAAUUUUGAAAGCCCUUGAAUGGACAAUUGUGGACUAUUUCUCAUUGGAUGUCGAGGGAGCAGAAGAAGCUAUCCUCAACACUAUUCCAUUUAAUGACAUCCAUAUAAGAGUGUUUACCGUAGAGUUCGCAGGCUCUGGAAGUCAUAAGGAAGAUGCACUAAAACUACAGAGACUGCGAAGAUUUUUUGCUCAACGUAACUACACAGAAUGGGGUAUCCUAGGCAAAACUCAAAGUUUUCCACUUGGACUAGAUGUUGUGUUUUAUAAUCUAUGAUUAAUGACACAACUACAAAAGCACUAUUUGUACACAUAUUCACAGGCUGGGCUAAAACAAACUUGAAUUCAACGUGAAUUCAUUUGAUUUAUGAAAGGGGCAGUCUUUUUCUGAUUUAUUGCCAAAUUAUCUUAGUUUUAAAAAUCAAAACAACUCAUUUUCAUUUUUUAAGUCUGAAUGUAGAUUUCAUGUCAUUUGAAAAUUGGCACUACAAGGAAAGCAAUAAACAAACUAGUCUAUUCUUUAUUCUUUGUGUA